UUGAGGAAACAUUUUGAUGAGGAAACAUUUUGAGGAAACAUUUUGAUGAGGAAACAUUUUGAGGAAACAUUUUGAGGAAACAUUUUGAUGAGGAAACAUUUUGAGGAAACAUUUUGAUGAGGAAACAUUUUGAGGAAACAUUUUGAGGAAACAUUUUGAUGAGGAAACAUUUUGAUGAGGAAACAUUUUGAUAAGGAAACAUUUUUUAGGAAACUUCGUUAUUUGUGUUACUCUUGGCUUUUAAAAUAAGCGCUUCUCAAUCUAGGACGUUCGUUCAGUCAAUCCUACAAUUUUAUUAGCUAACUAUUACACUUAACGAUAAAUGUCCACCAGUAUCUUAGUAAGUACUGCCAGUAAUCAGGCAGUAAAAUUUAUUAUCAGUUGAACUAUGUUUUAUACAAAAAAGUAUAAGUUUAACGACCUAUGCAUAAGUAAAAAAAAAAAAAAAAAAAAAAAAAAAAAACCAGUCAUCUGUAAAUAUUCAAUUAGAAAACUCAUGAAUAAAUUUGAUACUUUUCAUUACAGCAUACCAUCUUAUAUCAAAUUUUCGAAUUAAACUAGUCAUUCAAUCGCAGAAAAAUAAUAUCUUAAUAAAAUCCGUUUUUUAUUUAGUUUCUUUAACUGAUGAGACCUUAUAUUUGGUUUCAUGUAGCUUUCCACAGCUUCCAAUUUUCAUUUAUUAUGCAAAUAGCGUAUACCCCGAGAGGUGCUAGGCGUAUACCUUAUAUUCCCCGCUAUGAAGAUAAUUAGAUAUAGAUAUUAUGAAGAAUGAUUUAAAAAAGCAAUCACGUGUGAAUGCCUUUUUAUUCAUGACUGAAGAUAUCACUGUCAUUUCCUCAGUGAAUUUGCAAAAAUAUUUUUAAAAAAUGGCUGUUAAUCAAUUAAUAAACAUUAUUGUGCAGGAAAGGAUUGAAUUCCAAGCUGCCAAGGAGCGAAAUAGGCAGCUUGAUCUGCAGAUACUGGCCUUACAAGCCAAUUUAACAGCCUCUCGGACAGAGGUUUCUCAAUUGAGGAAACGGAACCAAGAGUUAACGGAAGAAUGUGAGCUACAGAAAAGUAAACAUGAGCAAGUGAUCAACGCAGUUGAUAAAAUUGUUGCUCAGCAAGAAGUUUUCGUCAGCAAAAUAGAGGAAUUGAGCAAUAAACCAAGUAAUGUCUACAGCACAGCUGUAGUAGAAACUAUAGGUUUAAACAUUGCGUCCACCAUAACCUCCACACUUGCCUCAACAAUAAAGAAGAGGUUAAGAAAAGAAGAUGAUAAUACUGCAGAUAUGGAGCCUACAAGCACUGAUGAUGAUCAUCAUCGAAUCUUAACAGGAUGUACUUUACAACCAGUGGUGAAGUUGGAACGCUUGCAGUAUGGAGUAAUGGAAUGAAAUCUUUUUCUUUUUUUUUUUUUCAUAGAAGGUAAAAUUUCAAUAUCAAUGAAUAAGGCACAAUAUAUUAACCCGCAUGAUUAGAUAACUUGUAUCUAAACAAAAUUGAGCAAUUAAACUGAGCAACUAAACUCAGUAACAAAAUUGAGCAAAUAAAUAUGUUAAAGCACAUUCCUUACACAUCUUCAAAGAUAUGUAGGUAUUGAGGUAGUGGUAAAAAAUCUCAUAAAGGUAUUCAGGUAGUACAAAAGAAAUGUAUUUAAAAACUAUCAAAUAACAAGUUAAAGCACAUUC